AUAAUGUCCCAGAUUUAUAAAUCAUAGUACAUAAGAGUCUUAGAGUAUCUGAAAUUUGCAUGAUAUUGGUAUCCAGGCUUCUGUGGCAAUAUACACUUCUGCAAAUAAACCAAUUUCUUCUUCGCUUGGUCUCUCCAGGAUGAAGCACCGCCAUUUCAAAGAAAACAUGUUAGAGCCACCAGGAGAUACAUAGUUGAGGAAACUAACUACUGAUAGACAACUUGAAAACUAAGUAAAGGUAGUGACAUAAGUGCACUAUAUAUAUACGGAGAGUUAGAGCAAAUAAUGAUAAAAGACACGAAGAUGUAUGAUGAUAUUCAAGAAAAGAGUAGUACUAACCAAGAGGUAGCUGAAAAUAUACAUGAGGUAUCAUCCCAAAAGUGCUCGUCCUUUGACCUAAACGAAGAAGCUAGCAGCGAAGAAGACGAUUUCAUUGCCUUGGGACAUGAAGAUGAUGAUGCCGAUGAUGAUAAUGAGGGAAUAAGAAAGAAAGUGAUGACUUGCACUAAAAAUAGGAUGGAAGGAGACAAUUCUAAGAGAAGAUCUAGGGUUAGACAAUAUGUUCGAUCUAAAUUACCUCGCCUACGAUGGACUCCUGACCUUCAUCUUGCUUUUGUGUAUGCUGUCCGAAGACUUGGUGGACAAGAGAAAGCAACUCCUAAGUUAGUUCUUGAGUUGAUGAAUGUGAAGGGCCUUAGCAUUGCUCAUGUGAAAAGUCACUUGCAGAUGUACAGAAGUAAGAAGCUUGAUGAAUCAGGGCAAGUAGUAAUCAGCCAACGUGGUAGAAGGGUGAACGGAAGGGAGAGAUUCCAGAGCAUAUUGCAGCCGGUGACGAGCAGUUCUCUUCAUCACUUGAGAAUGGAAAAUGGAGGGAUUGUCCUUUCCCAACAUUCUCCCCUCAAACAUAACAUAUUCUCCUGUCUCUCUCCACGAAGAUUUGAUUAUGGGGCAAGCUUUUCAAGAUACCAAGAGUGGAAAAAUGUCAGUGAGGCUAAUAUCACAACAAGGCAUAGUUUGGUGAACAAAGAUCAUAUGAAGAGCUUCUUGAGAUCACAACAUAACUUAAUCGACACGGCAAUGAGAACAGAAGCCAUGAGACCUACUCGAUUUCUUGAGGAAAAGCAAUGGCCUUUGUUCGAAAGCAUCGAUAAUUAUUGGAAGGUUAAUAGGUCAAACAUUGAAAAUAUCAAUCACAACAGGCAUUUCUCCACUAGACCAUCAUCUUAUAAACGACAUCUUGCUACUGGAAUAAUGGCUACAAAAAGGAAAUGGAUCAGCGAGGUGCAGUUAAAUCAAGAAACGAAGACGAGAGAAAAGCUUCCUGAUCUGCAACUCAGGCUGAGCAGAAGAGCUGUAGUUGAUGAGGAAAUAAGUCACAAAAGCGAACUGGAAAUUAACACACAGCUUUCACUUUAGGUGUCUUCGUAAACUUUGUUGGAAGUUUGGAAUUAUCAUAAAGAGAGACAGAGAGAAGAACUCAGGAUUUGUGUUUCUAAACUGAAACCUUCAAAAUGACUGAAUUAUUUCUUUCAACAGCAUUGCUAUUUAU